AUAGUUACAAUAACCUUAUAUAAAACUCAUAAGGUAUUGUAUGAUAUCAACUCCAUCUCAAAGUUUUUAUAAGAGCAAUGAAGUAGUUUGAGGCCAACUGAAUCAAAGCAAUAGAUUAUAUCAAAAAUAUUUAAACGUAAAAAUAUAUUUUUAUCUAUCAAUUAAUCAUUCAGAAUGAAAUAAUAAUAAUAAUAAUAAUAAUAAUAAUCUAUAUGAUCUUACCAAAAAGAACCACGUAAAACCGGGAUAAUUUCCUAGUUGAAAUGGGAUACGACCAGUAUCAUAAUUUAAUUUUGAAGUUUACAAGUUUUUAUAAUUUAUGUUUAAAUCUUCUAUAAAUAAAAUAAAAUAAAAUAAAAUUUAUUUGAAGUAUCGUUUCUCACGAUAUACACACACGCACACAUACAUGAACGAGCUCUAUUCGUAAAUCAAUCUAUAUUCCUUUUCCUUGUAAAAAUAACAAUAAACGUCUUAUCUUUCAGGCUCCGGUCGUCAACUCUUCCCGCCGGCGGCGAAUCUUUAAGAUGAUCCACGAUUCUCCUCCGCCGCCUCUAGAGGAACUCAAUACGGAGUCAAAAUCUGAAGGCGAAGAAGAAGAUCAACGCCUCCUACUAAUCUCCAAAUCACCCCUCCCCUUAUCCACCGACACCACUCCUAACAACAAUUGCACCUCGGAUGACGAAGACGUUGCGUACGAGUCUCAAGAAAAGAUCAUAAUAGACGGAUUAGAUUCAUAUUCUGAUUCAGCUGAUUGCAACUCUACGCCACCGUUCUCGUGGAAGAAGCUAUGGUUAUUUACGGGGCCAGGGUUUCUAAUGAGCAUCGCGUUUCUAGAUCCGGGAAACCUAGAGGGGGAUCUUCAGGCUGGUGCCAUUGCUGGUUACUCUCUGUUGUGGUUGUUGAUGUGGGCGACGGGUAUGGGUCUCCUGAUCCAGCUGUUGUCCGCCCGGAUUGGGGUGGCUACGGGGAAGCACCUUGCGGAGCUUUGUAGAGAGGAAUAUCCUAAGUGGGCUGGAUUGCUGUUGUGGUUCAUGGCCGAGAUAGCGUUAAUUGGAGCUGACAUUCAAGAAGUGAUUGGCAGUGCCAUUGCUAUACAGAUUCUUAGCAAUGGGGUUCUUCCGAUUUGGGUUGGAGUCAUCAUCACUGCUUCUGAUUGUUUCAUGUUUUUACUUCUUGAGAACUAUGGAGUGAGGAAUUUGGAAGCUGUUUUUGCAGUUCUCAUCUCAACCAUGGGACUAUCAUUUGCAUGGAUGUUUGCUGAUGCACAACCUAGUGGAAAAGAACUUCUAAUAGGUCUUUUGGUUCCAAAACUCAGCUCAAGAACAAUCAGACAAGCAGUUGGAGUAGUAGGAUGCGUGAUAAUGCCUCACAACGUAUUCCUCCAUUCUGCUUUAGUCCAAUCAAGAAAAAUCGACCCAAAGAAGAAAGGAAGAGUACAAGAAGCAAUCAAUUACUACACAAUCGAGUCAUCUGCUGCCCUUUUGGUUUCUUUCAUGAUCAAUCUAUUUGUAACUACUGUAUUUGCUAAAGGGUUUUAUGGAACUAAACAAGCUGAUAGUAUAGGGCUUGUGAAUGCUGGACAAUAUCUUGAAAAGAAAUAUGGAGGAGGGUUUAUGCCAGUUUUGUAUAUUUGGGGGAUUGGGUUAUUAGCAGCUGGACAAAGUAGUACAAUCACAGCUCUUGUUUUCAACAAAUCAGAAGCUUCACUUGAUGUGCUGAAUGAAUGGCUUAAUGUUCUUCAGUCUAUUCAGAUCCCUUUUGCACUUAUUCCACUUUUGACCUUGGUGACUAAAGAGGAAGUCAUGGGUGUCUUCAAGAUUGGACCUACUUUAGAGAGAAUUGCAUGGAGUGUAGCUGCUUUAGUGAUGGUGAUCAAUGGGUACCUUUUGCUUGACUUUUUUGUGGCUGAGGUCAACGGGUUCUUGUUUGGAUUUUUGGCCAUGACAUGUACGGGGGCGUAUUUGAAUGGGGAAAGCUUGUGGAAGUAG